GCUAUCUAUAUAUUCACGGUCAGGUGGCCUCUGAACACCAUCACUCGCAGCUUCACAACACAAGUUAAAGCACUGCAAACUCCUGUGUUCUCGUCGAGAAAGAAAGAGAAGGGCCAAGUCACCAACCAUGAUCAGCGCCAAGAGGAUCGCUCAGCUAGCCAAGAAGUGGCAGAGGAUGGCGGCGCUCGGGAGGAAGCGCCUCGCCUGGGGGACGGCGGCGUCCAAGGAAGCCGGCGAGUGCUCCACCUCCGUCUCCGUGGCGAGCAAGGGCCACUGCGCGGUGUACAGCGCCGACGGGGCGCGGUUCGAGGUGCCGCUGGCGUGCCUCGGCACCGCGGUCUUCGCGGAGCUCCUGCGGAUGUCGAGGGAGGAGUUCGGCUUCGCGGGCGGCGACGGCGGCAGGAUCACGCUGCCCUGCGACGCCGCGGUCGUGGAGUACGCCAUGUGCUUGCUCAGGAGGGGCGCCUCCGCCGAGCUGGAGCAGGCGUUCCUCAGCACCAUGGCGACGUCGUGCCGCUACGCGAGCCGUGUGGCGCCGUGCGUAGGAGCCGGACAGCAGGUUGCUGUCUAGAGCUGCACAUGCAGUUCAGUGUAUGUAGUAGGCCAAAGAUUAGUUUUGUUUUCAGAGCCUUCUGAUCCUGCAAGCGAUCAAGUAAGGUGUUAAAAGUACAAGAAAUUAGAGAGCCAUUAUUCUUUGUAUAUAUGUUUAAUUCGCUGCAGAGGACCGGAGAUAACUGGGUUCAUCACAUUGUUACGAGGCAACAAAGUUUCUUCAGGUUACUGCAUGUGGCACAACAGCCAUGCCGGGCAUUAGCUGAACUGAAUCAUGAAAUCGUGCCUUCAUUCAGGCCCUCCA